UCUGACACCGAGGCUGGUAAAUGUGCGCUUUGUGUAAUCAGAACACGCUCUAUUAUUUUAGUUUUUUCUUAAACGUCAGAUCGAUUUUGAUUGAUUUUGUGCAUCGUUUUUAAUAUCAAAGUCAUGGAGAAUACCGAGGAUUAUUUCAAAUCAAAUGUUCCAACGGCUGUAGAUAUUGUAUCAGGAUUGUAUCUUACUAUUGUUGGCAUUCUAAGCAUAACGCUUAACGUAUGUGUUCUGGCUGCCUGUUUUAUCAAACGCCAUGGAAUGAGACCCAUGGAGAUGUACAUAGUGUUUUUGGCAUUCAUAGACCUUUGCAUGUGCGUUUUGGCGUACCCCUUCGUCGUCGCUUCUCAGUUCUCAUUUAGAUGGCAAUUCGGAAUGACCGGGUGCAUAUGGUAUGGCUUUAUGGGCUCUCUAUUGGCGUAUUCAAAUAUCUAUACCCUUGGGAUGAUUGCCGCUGUGCGCUACUUGAAAACAUGUCACAGUGGAAGUGAGGUAAUUGCUUGCUUUGUUCCAAACAAAACUAAUAUCAAGAGAUCUGUCUGUAUUGCCUUCUUUGUAUCAUUCCUUUGGAGUAUUUCGCCUGUGAUUGGAUGGGGUGAAUACGACCUUGAACCUUGCGGCACGAGCUGCACAUUAAAGUGGUAUGACACCGGGGACAGUUCAUAUGUUAUAUGCACGUUUUUAUUUAACUUUGUUCUUCCGUUAGUGGCCAUUGUAUUUGGAUAUUCACGCAUAAUCAGUAAAAUCAACAGCGAUAGUACGAUUGUCGGCAAUACGUCCAGAUUUGCAGAAAGGCGACUGACAAAGGUCGGAAUCAGUGCAGCGGUUUGCUUUCUUGUGACGUGGGGACCAUACGCGACUUUCAGCGUGAUCGAGGCGUGCAAUGGAACUCACCAUAUUCCUGCUGCGCUAAAAGUUAUACCAACGUUAUUUGCUAAGUCGAACACGUUGUGUAAUCCUAUUAUAUACUACCUGAUAGUCCGUAGGUUUAGAAAUAUAGUGAAACACGAUGUGUUAUGGUGGAUUUUUGGCAAAAGAGAAGGAAAUCUUCCGACUAUCUCAUCUAUCCAUGGGGUACUCUCUGGAACUCGAAGUAGUCCAAGUAGGUCGCGAAGGAAACUUGCUGUACGUAUGAAUCUAGCAAAAGAUAGCUCAUCUGACCGCUAUAAACUAGAUGAUGAAGAUGAAAACGAUGCACACGCUUCAACAGUUAGUUUAUUUAAUACGUCGCCUCAAAAGCAAAUUGGAUUUCAAAUGGUUCCACGAGACCCAACAGUUACAACCGUUGACCCAUACAAGGGAAAGGAGAAAUCACAUUUAUAUAGGGAUAGGCUCGGUGCAUCGAGUCUUAAAGCUCCCGUGGGUCGUGUUUGUCAUGGGGGAAUGACAAUGAUCGACAUCAAAACAACCGGCGCGGCCAAUAGUGACAUGGCUAAUGUUGAAUAA